GCCUGACAACAAACCGCUGUAGUGAUCUUAAAACUCGGCUGUUAUGCUCUCUAUUUGCUCCUGUCAGUUUGAUCAAAAAACGACCUUCAUUUCAGCCCGGAAAAUUAGCUGAUCUAAGUGAAGUGGAUCUAGGGUGUGAUGACCAUGGUCAGAAUAGCCUGGUAUCAGGAGAAGAUCGGGGCCUAUGACCAACAAGUCUGGGAAAAAUCCCUGGAGAGAGCAAAUCUAGAGGGUUUGGAGAACAAACCAAAGAAGACUGGUUACAUCAAACCGGACCUCAUUGAUGUUGAUUUAGUUAGAGGAUCAACUUUCAGUAAAGCCAAACCAGAGAGUCAAUGGACAGUGCUGACUCGGAAAGGUCUGGUCAGAGUUCUGCUCUUUCCUUUCUUCUUCCAAUGGUGGAUCCAGGUGACCUCCAAGUCCAUCUCCUCAUGCAUCCUGGUGCUUUAUGUCCUGCAAGUGGCAGCAGUGCUGCUGUACCUGGAGGUCCCCAGGGCCAGUGCCAGCGAGGUGUUUGGGCCCAUGUGUCUCAUGCUGCUGCUGGGUACCGUUCACUGCCAGAUUGUUUCAACAGAGUCCAGCCGAUGGCCCUCAGGCAGUCCAGCUGCUAGCAGCAGCACCAGCCCUACGCGCAGAAGGAGGCCAAGAAAGGGCAGAGGGUUGAAGAAAUCUGAAGACAAGCUUGACAGCGGGAACGUAGAGCAUCAGGGGCCCUGGCAGUUUGAAGAUGGCCAGAGUUUACACAGGAGCAAGGAGAGGAGGUGUAAAGGUCAGGCAGGAUUUGGAGCAUCUGAUGAACUCUCCAGCGAUGAAGGUGAAAGCAGGCGACCGGUGGAGACAAUUCGAUCUAAGCAUCAUCGCAAGUUACACCCAAAUCCGGCGUCCCCAUCAGUAUCUCCUGUCAGACGGAGAAACAAAACGUCCAGCCCCAAAGCUGCAGCAAGACGGCAGGAUGAGAGUGAAGCGCCCGCUGAAGUAAAGCCUCGACAGAUAGAGAGACUCAGGCUGGGCUCUCGUCCAGCCUCUGACACCGAUGACACUAUGUGGGAGGAGCUUCUGCAGGGCCCUGACUCCGCCUCUACUGGGAGCAGCGACUCAGAGGGGAUUGGGAGGUACAACGCUGGGAUAAACCUUCCUCAAAACACACCGAGCAGUGAGGAUGAAGGUUUACAGCAAGGACUCUCCAGUGGCCAGCUGAACUGGCUUCAGGCAUGCCACCCAUCCAAGGACCGCGUUAGUGCCAUAAUAUGGGAGCAAGGCGAGUGCAAGAAAGCUGACAUGUCAGUGCUGGAGAUCAGCGGGAUAAUCCUCACACAGGUAAAGUUGGAGGAGCAGGGGAUUGGCUACAUCGUGCUCGGCGGUCUAAUGACGGCCACCCUGGCCCUGGUUCCCUUCGCCUUCCGCCUGGCGCAGCGUUUGGACAUGUCCAGCCUUACCUCACUCUCCCUAAACCAACUGCUUGAAAUCGCCGUGGGAACAUGCGAUGCUCAAGCUUACGCCUUUUUCUUCAUCACAACGGUUCUAAGAGUCUGCCUCACAGGGCUCUUUUUCUUCAUGAUGUGUGUGGCUGAGAGAACCUACAAACAGAGACUCUUAUUUGCCAAGUACUUCAGCCAUCUCACCUCAGCUCGAAAAGCCAAAAAAUCAGAGAUCCCUCAUUUCAGGCUGAAAAAAGUGCAAAACAUCAAGAUAUGGUUGUCACUGCGAUCUUUCCUGAGGAGACGAGGACCUCAGCGAUCUGUAGACGUCAUCGUCUCCACAAUCUUCCUUUUAGCUCUGUCCAUUGCGUUCAUCAUUUGUGCUCAGCUUUUGCACAGCCACAAGACAUUCCUGGUCUCUUUAAUCAACUGGGAGCUGGUGGUGUGGUGCUUCUCCCUCAUUCCCUUUCUGCUGCGGCUCGCCACGCUGGGCUCAGAGACUAACUCUAAAUACAGCAACUCCUCAGUGCUGCUCACUGAGCAGAUUAAUUUGUAUCUGAAGAUGGAGAAAAAGCCUGCUAAGAAAGAACAGCUCAAUAUUGUGAACAAUGUUUUAAAACUGGCCACAAAGCUGAUGAAGGAGUUGGACACCCCCUUCAGGCUGCUUGGUCUGACCAUGAACCCUCUGAUCUACAACAUCACAAAGGUUGUCAUCCUUUCGGCUGUGUCUGCAGUGGUCAGUGACCUCCUGGGCUUUAAUAUCAGACUGUGGAAGAUCAAGCCUUAAUGUGAAGAGAACAGGACAUGCCACUAACAUUCGGACACUGGAGCCCAGAAAUGCUCUCCGUCUGCUGCAGAAGCCUCAUAUGCAAAAAGUGCUCAACCCUACUGACGGUGUGUACUUCUGACUGUACCUCCUACAGAAACCAGAGAUGCUUGGACAAUCACUCAAGCAACGUUUACCAGCUACUCAGCUGAUUUGGUAUCAACACUGUCCACCAGCUCUGCCCCCACUAACAACGUGCCUAAAGGUCCCCUGGAAGAGGUUUAUCAUAGCAGCAAGUGAACCUUCAGGUCACUGAGGAACCCAGAUUUAUAUUGUGGUAUUUUAUAGGAAAGAGAAAUGGUGUGUAAACAUAGAUAUUAUCAUAUAAAUAGGUUGGUUGUUUUUUUAGUUAUCUUUUUUUAA